AUGGUGUGCGCCCUCAACGGCGUCACCGACGCCGCGCUCCGCGCCUCCGCGGAGCAGCGCGGCGCGGCGACCAUGAAGACAAGCGUGGACGCGCUCUCCGACUCGCUGUUCCGGCGCGAGGACUCGCCCAGGGACCGCGCCACGCUCAUGGACUUUGAGCAAGUCACCAAAGAGCAUAUCACCGACAGGGGGAAGCUGACGAGCCUGCUGCAGAAGGAGUUCUCGGCUUCCCGCGACUCGGAAAGGAAGCUUGACCUCGGAUUGCUGCUCACCGACGUUCUAAUCAAUCAGGCUGUGGUCAACGUGAUGAUAGCAGUGGAAGCCAUGAUGUCCCCUGACACCGCCACCACCGACGACAUCGAGAAGAUGACCAAGACCGACAUGGACGCCUGGAAGGAAUUCAUGAACAAGAGCGAGCUGGCCAAGGGGUCAGCAGAUUCCACCGCCUGA